AUGCGCAAUCCGUUGACGGCUGCAAUGGGUCAAGCCGAGCUCUUGCUCUCUGUGCUGCCCGAUGGUCACGUGCGCGACAAGAUUCACUCCAUCUUCACAGAACUCAAUCGCCUCAACCGCAUGUCCGAGUCGCUGCUCGAUUUCAUCGGCUCGCGGCAGGUCGAGCGCGCCGAGAACGAGCUCGCCGAGUUGAUCUUCGAGCUCGAGGCGCUCAUCGACGAUCCACGCCUGGUGAUCCUUCACGAGAGGAAGCCAGCGCGCUGGUGGUUCGACACCACCAUGCUCGCCUGCGCCGUCAAAAACAUCGCCGCCAACGCGCUCGCCUUCUCCGACCCCGAGAUGCCCGUCGAGGUGACUAUCGCACAGGAUGGCGAUGUGUUAUCGAUCGCGGUGCGUGACUUUGGUGAAGGUUUCCCCGAAGAUAUCGACAUCUUCGAGCCGUUCGUGACGACCCAGUUUCAGGGCACGGGGCUCGGGAUGGCGAUCUCCUCCGAGAUCGUCGAAGCGCAUGGUGGCGUGAUCGAAGCAGAGGAUCACCCCGAUGGCGGCCUCAAAGAUCUGACCCGUCACGAGGUCACCACAGCGAGUAACGGAAAGGAAGCCCUCGAAGCCCUCGAGGAGCGCUCCUUCGAUGUCCUUAUUACAGAUCUGAAAAUGCCUCACGUCGGAGGGAUCGAGCUGGCCACCAAGGCCAAGGAGAUCCUCCCCGAUAUGCAGCUCAUCAUCAUGACCGCCUAUGGCAGCGUGCAGACCGCGGUGCAGGCGAUGAAGAUGGGCGCGCUCGAUUACCUGCAGAAGCCGCUCAAGUUGAGCGAGCUUCGCGCGCUGGUACGUCGCGCAGAGGAGCGCGCGCGCAUCGCGCGCACCGAGGAGCCCGCGGUCACGCUCGAGAUGGCAGAUCUCUCGAUCCAGCUCAGCUGGGGCGCGCCGUCGAUGGACCCCGUCCUGAGCGCCAUCGAGCGCGUCUCUCCGACCAAUGCUUCGGUCUUGCUGUGCGGUGAGUCUGGCGUCGGCAAGGAUGUCUUCGCCUCGGUGAUUCACGAGCUGAGCAAGCGACACGAGCGCCCCUUCCUGGCCAUCAACUGCGCCUCGAUCUCGGAGUCGUUGAGCGAGUCCGAGUUGUUUGGCCACGAGCGCGGCGCCUUCACUGGCGCCAACGCCUCGCACUCCGGCCUCAUCGAAGAAGCUGACGGUGGCACGCUGUUCCUCGACGAGCUCGGCUCGCUGCACCCUCAGCUCCAGGCGAAGUUGCUCCGCGUGCUCGAAUCGAGGACGUAUCGCCGCGUCGGCUCGAGUGAGAUCCGAAAGGCCAACGUGCGUUGGAUCGCGGCGACCAACCAGAACCUUCGCCACAUGGUCGAGAUCGGCUCCUUUCGAAAGGACCUCUACCACCGGUUGGCGGUCUUCCCGAUCAUGAUCCCGCCCUUGCGCGCGCGACGCGAUGACAUCGGACCGCUCGCCAAGGCGCUGCUCUCGAAGAUCGCGUUGGAUAUGGGCCGAGAGGGUCUCAAGGUCUCGAACGCUGCGCUCGAUGAUUUGCAGCGCUAUGAUUGGCCUGGAAACGUGCGCGAGCUUCGCAACACGCUCGAGCGCGCCGUCAUCCUCUGCGAUGGCGAUGUCGUCGAUCGCGAGCACUUCCAACUCUCCCAACGCCUCGCAGAUAUCGAUGACGAGCUCGAGUAUAUCGAUGGCAAGGAGGGCGAAGGCAGCAGCGGUGGCGGAGAACAACUCCUCGACCUCUCGCUCUACGAGCUCGAGAAGCGCGCGCUCGAACACGCGCUCGCCAAGCAUGACAGCCGCAAGGCGGCCGCCGAGCACCUCGGGAUCCCCGUGCGCUCGCUCUACAACAAGAUCAAGCGCUUCGAGCUCGAUUAA